AUGAAAAUGAAAACGAGAAAAUUGUGUACCCGACAUUGGUUGGCAGCGUUUUGUGGAAUCGGACUAAUACUGUACUUCUGGUGGCUUAUAUCUAAAAUAACCUUGCUGGAAUCUCAGAACAAAGUAUUUAAGACACAAUUGAAAUAUUCACAAUAUAAUACUUUGGUGAAGAAGAUGUCCGUUGAUUCCGUGUCUACAUAUGAGGUUCCUGUGAUUCCAGAUGCAGUCGGUACUCUAUGUGAAACAGUACAUAUAGCACUCGUGUGUAUGGGCAAAUGUUCAAGACAGAUCACACCAAUGAUCAAGUCUUUGAUGCACCAUCGGCAGAACCCCAUACACUUCCAUUUUGUUGUGGAUACAAAUUCACAUAGAACUAUUAACACACUGUUUGAUACUUGGGACUUGCCUGAUGUGAAAUACUCAUGUUAUAACGCCGAAGGAUACUUAUCACAAGUUCAAUGGAUCCGCAACAGCCACUACUCCGGUAUUUAUGCGCUGGUAAAGCUCCUGUUCCCAGACAUACUACCUGACUCUCUCAGUCAGGCCAUAGUAUUGGAUUCUGAUCUGACUUUCCUGUGUGAUGUCGCUGAGCUGUGGGCCAUGUUUAGGAAUAUGACUGAUGACCAGUUUAUAGGCCUAGUGGAGAAUGAAAGCAGUUGGUAUUACACGAACAAACCAAACCGAUGGCCAGCAUUAGGCCGAGGUUACAACACAGGAGUAAUGCUACUAGAUCUCAAGAAAAUAAGGACUACUACAGACUGGACGAGGCUCUGGCGGGAUGCCGUCAACGACAACAUAAAAAGACUGAACCACACAACACUGGCUGACCAAGAUGUUAUCAAUGCCAUUAUUAAAAGCCAUCCUCGUUUUGUCUAUGAUAUGAGCUGUCAGUACAACGUACAAAUGUCGACUACGACUCUAGCUAAAAAUUGUUAUGGGGAAAAUAAGGAUAAUGUUAAGAUAAUACACUGGAACUCUCCAUUAAAAUACGGCGUGAAGAUCCGUGACGCUCAUUAUUUCCGCGACAUUCAUCAGUCGUACGUCAACUUCGACGGCUACCUCCUGAGGGAGAAGCUUCACAGGUGCACCUUUAUACAGCAUGUUACUGUCAAAAUGAACAACUCGGACCUAUGCACCAGUUUCCGCGCGGCCCAGCAAUUGAAACUCCGCACACAUCUCUACUUCAUGGACUAUAGCUACAAGAACAAUGACAGUUUCGAUGUGACGUUAGCUCUACAACUGUCUAUGGAUCGUCUACUGUUUCUUGAGAGACUCGUUAAUUACUGGGAAGGACCACUGAGUGUAGCUAUUUACUUAGCUGACUGUGAUGUGGGGAAGCUAUUGAACUUCAUAGAAAAUUGGUCUGAUACACUGCGAGACAGGAAGAAUAUCGGGUACCAUCUCGUGUUUAAACAUGAUCAAGUACACUACCCAGUAAACUACCUCCGUAACGUAGCGUUAGCCAACGUGAACACUCCGUACGUGUUCCUGAUGGACGUGGACUUCGUGCCCAUGGUGGACCUCUACUCGCACCUCAAGGCCGCCAUCAAACUCAUCAAUCCUUAUCCUCAGAAGAAGUGCCUAGUAGUAGCAGCGUUCGAGUCGCAGCGCUACCGUAGUUCAGUCCCGCGCAGUAAGGCGGCGCUACUGGCGCGCCUGGCCGCGCGGGAGCUGGCGCCCUUCCGGCAACACGAGUGGCCGCGCGGACACCGCCCCACCAACUACACGCGCUGGACCACUGCCAACGCUCCCUACGAGGUUGAAUGGCAGUCGGACUAUGAGCCGUAUUUAGUAGUGCACAGAUCUGUGCCUAAAUACGAUACCAGGUUCUCAGGCUUCGGUUGGAAUAAGGUAUCCCACAGCGUCGAGCUCCGCGCGCAAGGGUACCGCGCGGUGGUACUGCCGGGGGCCUUCGUCGUGCACACGCCACACGCGCCCUCGCAGGACAUCACCGCCUUCAGGGCGGACCCGCACUACCGCAUCUGCCUUGCCUUAUUGAAACAAGAAUUCAUGGAGGACCUCAAGAGUAAAUACAACAUCACAUUCAAAGAACCUUCGAAUUCAGACCCAAUGUACCUAGCACAAGCUAAGAGUUUAAUACUAAACCAAGCAGGAGAUCAGGACCUAAACUAA